AUGCACGAGGUUGAGUACACGGACUACAAGCUGUUCCCAGCCGCUUUCGAAGCCUGGUUGCGCGCAAAGUUUGACGAUCCUACCAUUACCGUCGAGGUUGUCAAUUUACAAGCGCAGUGCAAAAACGGACACUUUGUGUUUAAUUUACCAGACGAUAAAUAUUUGACUGAGCACUGUAGCGAAUCACUCAACUACCCCUGCAACCUUCAGAAGCCAUGUCAGCCAAGACGUACCCUUAACUGCCAUCGCAAGCUGCUCAUCAAGUCAAAAUCAAGACUCUUUGACGCCGAAAAAGAAGAAGUCGCGAUUCUUGAAUUUGGCGAAAGAGAACAGAAGUCUAGCGACUCGCGCGCACCGUUAAACUGCUCAUAUGAAAGCUUUGUUUACUUAUCAUCAUUCUAUCAGAUACCUGCUAGCUUUCUGGACUUUAUCUCUUCCUUCGGCUUCACCAAGGAGCCAAAAGACUAUCAUUUGACAGGUUUUAGUGGAUUCGAUACGCUUGACAAGCCUACAGAUGACCUCGUACAGAUCCCCAGGCUUGGACGUUCAGGUUGCGUGCACGGGACUCAAUAUUUGCUACGCUCUGUGGAACAAUCCACAGGUCCCAUGGGAGAAACAACAUGGAACAUCCGUCAGAUGGCAGUCCAUCACCAGUAUGACUUGAUUACUGGUAAGGCUCUGUGGCUGACAGUCAAGACAAAUAGUCUCAUGCAGGAAAUGAUAAAGGAGGCAAUUGUGGAAGAUCCCAGUCUCAGCCCGACUCCAGCUGAGGGGUUGUCCAAGUCAUUUGCAGCAACAUUGCUGACCCAUCUCAUUCACCUACAGUGGUGUGACGAGUCUUGGCGACUAUGCAUCAAUGAUUUUGAAGAGAGAAUCAGAACUGUCCUCAGCAAAGCAAAAACAGCUAGGGUUCAUCAGCAGUCUGGUAUUCACACGACUGUCAAAAGAGCCUUAACCGGCAAGUCGAACACAAAUGCGGACGACGGAUUAGAAAAGCAAGCACCCUUUAAAAAGACGCGGCUCCAGUUCAACAAAAAUGGCUGGGAGGCUCUUACGUCGUACUUGUGUUUAACACCCACAACAGGUAACACGUCCGAGCCUGUCCCACGCGAGAAGGAGAUGGUGAAGGAGGGGGUCUCAAAUCAACUCAAAUCAUUGAUAGUCCUUGAUACCUUUUCUAUUAAUGAAGCCCAAAAACUUCAUGAUAUUGGAGAACAUCUUGAGAACUUUCGGCUGGUCUUGAAGUUGAAUCGGCAGACACUGCGCGAUAUCACUGAGCAUUACCAAGAUUUGGAAAGCAGAGAUGCUUUCCCCAGCCAAAUUAAGAUACCCUGCAAGGCCGAAUUGGCUUCUUUCACUCGACAUGUGGAACGUGUCAGAAAGAAUCUAGAGAUUCGAGUAACUCAAAUCGAAUCCCUGAUUGCUUGGCUAAACGAAGGAAAGGUGCUGUUUGAUGGUAUUCUGCAAUACCGCAACACGCAGGUCAGCCACAUAUUCACCGAGAGCUCACAUAUCCAAUCAGAGAAGAUGGAGAAGAUCGCAUACAAGACGGAAAAGGAGACGAUCUCGAUGCACGUUAUCACGUGUGUCACACUUGCAUUUCUGCCUGGCACCUUUGUUGCUGCUUUCUUUCAAAGUGGUCUUGUCGAGAUAAAUCAGGCUGCCAGUGGCGUUCGAGGUGCUGUCACCUUCCAUUCUGGGGCUUUCAAGCUGUUUGCAUCAAUUUGCUUCCCUCUUAUGUUUAUCACAUUUGUACUUUGGAUUCUGCUGUUUCAGUGUUUGGCUCGUAGGGCUCGCAGACGUGAAGAACAGGGCAAGGUGUAA